CGCCGAUUCAUUCUCGAAUCAAACGCGGUCGUUUCACCAGCACCAACCCCCAUUUUUCUCUUCUUCUCGAUUUUUCCCAAUUUCCACUGCGACUCCGUCUCAGGGGAAAGGAACAUUCUUUCUUCAUAGUAAAGGCAGAAAGAGAGGAGGAAGAAGCAGAAGAAAGAAAGAAAAAGGAUCUCUACAAAAAUGGAUUCCUAGCAACCAAGCUAUAGCUCAUCUCAGCAGCCAUUUCCUUCCUUCCUUCAUUUCUCAAACCCUCCCGUUUCGUCAAAUCUCUUGCUUCCUCGGCGGCGGCGCGGUAGCUGGAACUCCCCCCGGAGGCAGUAUUAGCGAGUAAAGCUCAUGGCGAGGACGAAUCAGGAAUCGUUCAUCUACAGCUUCGUGGCGCGAGGCACGGUGGUGCUGGCAGAGUACACCGAGUUCACCGGCAACUUCCCGGCGAUCGCUGCUCAGUGCCUACAGAGAUUGCCUUCUUCUAACGACAAGUUCACCUACAAUUGCGACCACCACACCUUCAAUUUCCUCGUCGAGGAUGGCUACGCUUAUUGUGUUGUUGCGAAAGAGGCGAUGAGCAAGCAGAUCUCGAUUGCGUUCUUGGAACGGAUGAAGGCAGACUUCAAGCAAAGAUACGGAGGUGGUAAAGCUGGCACUGCUAUGGCCAAAAGUCUCAACAAGGAAUUCGGACCUGUUAUGAAAGAGCAUAUGAAGUAUAUUAUUGAGCAUGCUGAAGAGAUUGAGAAGUUACUGAAAGUAAAAGCUCAGGUUUCAGAAGUGAAAAGCAUAAUGUUAGGCAACAUUGACAAGGUAAUGUGAACCCUUUUCUUGAAAACUCUUGUCUCUGGUGGGAAACCUGAACCGCUAUCUUGUUUUCCUUCUGGAACUAGGAUUUUCUAGUAAACAAUAGAAAUUGCAUCCACUAGAGUAAAACUCUGUAAACUACUAGCUUUGCUAAUGAGAAAUCCCUUCUUCGGCUGAUUAUUGGCAAAUGAUUAAGAAAACCAACGUCUUUGCUAUUAAUUUCAAGCUCCUAUGCUGGGACAGUAGUAUGCUGGAAAAGCCAAGUUUGGUCAGCAUUCUAUCCAAACACCAAACUAAUUCCAUUUUCUUUUUACAUAUAUCUUUUCAGGCAAUCGAGAGAGGUGAGAACAUAAACACCCUCGUGGACAAAACCGAAAAUCUGCGAGAUCAGGCACACACAUACAAGAGACAAGGGACGCAAAUCAGGCGUAAAAUGUGGUACCAGAACAUGAAGAUCAAGCUGGUCGUUCUCGGAAUCUUGUUGCUCCUCGUCCUCAUCAUCUGGCUUUCGAUUUGCGGUGGAUUCAAUUGCACCAAUUAAGCGGGGGGGCAAACCGCUUCUUGUGGUUGUGUUAAUUGCCAUUUGCAUGCACUCCAUACACAUAUAGGGAAAAUGUAAGGUUCUUCCUGGACGAGAGGUUUUGGAUUCUGGAGAAGCAGCAGAUUGAACAACCGGCCGGCGAUGGGAUGAUAAGAGUUAUUCACUGGCUGGAGGGAUUGGCUGCGGGAGAGUGGGAAACUGUAUGGGCUUUUGUGUUGUAUUGCAUCAUCUGUCAUAUAAUUAUAGAACUUUCUUCUUCUUCUUCUUCUUCUUCUUCUUCUUCUUCUUUUCUCGUUUUGUAUCGUGCGUUGUUAUGGUUUACCCAUGGCGAGGAAGUUUGAUAGUUUGUUUUUGUCUUCCAAUACUUAGUGAGACUUCCUUUCAUUUUCUCUGUUUCGAUAACUCCACAUAACUUAUACAUAUUGCAACCAAAUUCAAACAGAAACGCUGAUCUUGUUUUGAUUUGGCUUUGUCGUUCUAUCUACUUCACUUUACA